AUGAAAUGUACAAUUAUCUGGUGUUUAUUAACACAUUGUUUGAAUCUGUCUGCUGUCUGCUGUCUGCUGUAAUGUAAUUUCGUGUGUGUUUUUUAAAUGAAAAUAACGGAAGUAAAUAUUUUUAUUAGCUCUUUUAGUAUUAUUAAACAGAGUGCUUUUGCACGUUACUUGAAACAUUUGAGGUUAAUUUGCGCUGUUUUACAAACAGUAUAUAAUAUAAAAUAAAUACUAAACAAAUCAUCCAAAACAUAGAAGAGGGUCAUUGGGAUCGUGUGAUGAUAGGCUCGCAAGAUUAGUGAAAGCCAGGAAGAAGCUGGGCUUGCUACAGAAGGGUUGCCUGCUGGUGAUUCUGGAAACCCAGCAUGGCUUCUGAAGUGGCGGCGUGUACAUCACAUUACACUGACAAUCAAGGAGUGUUGGUGAGGUGACUGCUGCUGAGGGAGGGUAGGCUGCCUGCACUAUGCGACCCUCCCGAGGUGACAUAGAGUUGGAGCACUUCAGGCCAGAAUACCUCGCAGACGAGGACGUGGAGACGACCUCGGGCGUGACAGAGGCGGUGGACGGCGCCGAGCACCGACUCAUAUUCGUCAACCGGCCGCAGCCGUCCAAGUUCUGCGACAACCACAUCAGCACGGCCAAGUACAGUGCCGUGUCCUUCGUGCCCAGCUUCCUGUUCGAGCAGUUCCGCCGAUACUCCAACUGCUUCUUCCUGUUCAUCGCGCUGCUGCAGCAAAUACCUGAUGUUUCCCCGACAGGACGCUACACCACCCUGGUGCCUCUCAUCUUCAUCCUCAGUGUGUCUGCAAUCAAGGAGAUUAUAGAAGAUAUCAGACGCCACCGAGCUGACGAUGAGAUCAACCACAGGCGAGUGGAGGUGCUGCGAGACGGCCACUGGCUUUGGGUCACGUGGGUCAAUAUCGUCGUCGGAGACAUCGUCAAAGUGCACAACAACCACUUCUUCCCGGCGGACUUAGUCAUUCUCGCCUCCAGCGAGCCGCAGGCGAUAUGCUACAUCGAGACGUCCAACCUGGACGGAGAGACGAACCUGAAGAUCCGGCAGGCGGUGCCCGAGACGGCGGGUCUGCUGGAGAUGAAGGACCUGGCGCAGUUCACCGGGCUGGUGGAGUGCGAGCCGCCCAACCGCCACCUCUACGAGUUCUGCGGCAUCAUGCGCGAGACCAACCGGCAGACGCUUUCCCUGGGACCCGACCAGGUGCUGCUCCGCGGGGCGAUGCUGCGCAACACCAGCUGGGUGUUCGGCCUCGUCGUCUACACGGGCCACGAGACCAAGCUCAUGAAGAACUCCACCAGCGCUCCGCUCAAACGCUCCACUGUCGACAAGCUCACCAACACCCAGAUACUCAUGCUCUUCUUCAUCCUCGUCGUGCUGUGCCUGGUGUCGGCCGUCUUCAACGAGCUGUGGGUCAAGUGGCAUGUUCCCGGCGACUGGUACCUCGGCAUCGAAGAUGUAUUAACUGCAAACUUUGGCUACAAUCUUCUUACAUUUAUCAUUCUGUAUAACAACCUAAUACCCAUAUCCCUUCAGGUAUCCCUGGAGGUGGUGCGGUUUGUGCAGGCCACGUUCAUCAACAUGGACGUGGAGAUGUAUCACGAGGAGAGUGACACGCCUGCAGUCGCCCGCACAUCCAACCUCAACGAGGAGCUGGGACAGGUGAAGUACGUCUUCUCGGACAAGACUGGGACGCUGACGAGGAACGUGAUGGACUUCAAGAGAUGCUCUGUUGCCGGAAGUGUGUACACACCUUGCGAAGAACCCCACAACAGCCAGUUGGUGAAGGACAUGCUGAGUGGACACUCGAACGCCCGCUACAUCAGGGAGUUCCUCAUUCUCAUGUCCGUAUGCCACACGGUGAUCCCAGAGAAGUCUGCUUCCGGGGACCACAUCCAGUACCACGCAGCCUCGCCAGACGAGCAGGCGCUGGUGAAGGGAGCUGCUCUGUUCGGCUACGUGUUCGACAACCGCACUCCGAACCACGUGGAGAUCGUAUCAUUGGGUCACCGGGAACGCUACGAGAUACUGCAUGUGCUGGAGUUCACGAGCGCCAGGAAGCGCAUGUCCGUCAUCGCCAGAACUCCCGACGGCACCAUUAAGCUCUACUGCAAAGGAGCAGACACUGUUAUUUAUGAAAGGCUGUCUCCCGACUGGCAGCAGUUCCGGGAAGUGACGCUGCACCACCUUGAGAACUUUGCGAAUGAAGGCCUCAGGACUUUGUGUUGUGCUGUGGCAGAUAUAUCUGUCGAGACCUACGAGGACUGGAAGGAGACGUAUCACAAGGCCAGCACGUCUCUGCAGUAUCGCGAGAGAAAGGUGGAGGAUGCAGCUAAUCUCAUUGAGAACAACUUGCAGCUGCUGGGCGCUACAGGCAUAGAAGACAAACUGCAGGACCAGGUGCCGGAGACGAUAGCGGCACUCAUCAAGGCUGACAUCCACGUGUGGGUGCUGACCGGCGACAAGCAAGAGACGGCCAUCAACAUUGGCUACUCGUGUCGACUCAUUGUGCAGGGGAUGCCUCUGCUCAUCUUGAACGAAGACAGCCUGGACAACACCCGGGAGGCGAUAGCACGGCACAACUCAGACUUCGGAGAGCAGCUUCGCAGAGCCAACGAAGUGGCGCUGGUGAUUGAUGGCAAGACUCUCAAGUACGCCCUGAGCUGCGACACGAGGCGCGAGUUCCUCGACCUGUGCACCAGCUGUAAUGUGGUGAUCUGCUGCCGGGUGUCGCCCAUGCAGAAGGCCGAGGUGGUGGAGCUGGUGACCACACACACCAAGAGCGUUACUCUCGCCAUCGGGGACGGAGCCAACGACGUCGCCAUGAUCCAGAAGGCACACGUGGGAGUCGGUAUAUCCGGCGUGGAGGGCCUGCAAGCGGCGUGUGCCUCCGACUACUCCAUCGCCCAGUUCCGCUUCCUGUGUCGACUGCUGUUUGUGCACGGAGCCUGGAACUACACGCGGAUGUGCAAGCUCAUUCUGUACAGCUUCUACAAGAACAUCUGCCUGUACGUCAUCGAGCUGUGGUUCGCCAUAUACUCCGGCUGGUCCGGCCAGAUACUCUUCGAGCGGUGGACUAUUGGACUCUACAAUGUGUUGUUCACGGCUGCUCCUCCACUAGCGAUGGGGCUGUUCGAGAAGGUGUGCUCCGCGGACACCAUGCUGCGCUACCCCGCGCUCUACAAGCCGUCCCAGAACGCACGCCUCUUCAACGUGAAGGUGUUCUGGGUGUGGAUCGUGAACGCACUGGUACACUCGGUGGUGCUGUUCUGGCUGCCUCUUCUGGCGCUGCAAGAGGAUGUUGUGUGGAGCAGCGGGCGCGAGGGCGGAUAUCUGCUGCUGGGAAACAUCGUCUAUACCUACGUGGUGGUGACGGUGUGCCUGAAGGCAGGCCUCGUCACCAAUGUGUGGACCUGGCUGACGCACCUCGCCAUCUGGGGAUCCAUCGUCAUGUGGCUGCUCUUUCUGGUCGCCUACAGCAACUUCUGGCCGGCCGUCCCAGUGGGUGCCGUGAUGGUCGGCAUGGACCGCAUGAUGUACACUUCGCCGGUGUUCUGGCUGGGCCUGCUGCUCAUCCCCUUCGCGACUCUCGUCUCCGACAUCUCCUACAAAGUCAUCCACGCCUCGGCCUUCAAGUCCCUGACGGAAGAGGCGCGGGAGACGGAGAUUCGCCAGUCUGACCCGGCCAAGGUCAUCUUGAAAGGGUCGAAGCACUCCCGCGGCAAGGCCAGAUCUGCUGCGGUCGUGCCCGUGAUGGGCAGUGCCAGCUCCGACCGUGCAUGGUGCAUGGAGUCUUACGAGAAGCUGUAGUGUGGACCCAGCCUCCAGCAUCCUGCAUCCGGCCCAGGGCGAGACUACUCUGUGCUGUGGUCCUCUGUGGGGGACGUCGCAAGUCAUGAUGUGUGUGUGUUAGGAAAACAAGUCUACAUUUGGAAGUGGUAUAUUUUAAAUGAAUGGUUUUUUUUUCCGGAUUGAAAAUACAUUAGUAUGGGUGUAGAUCCGGGGGGAGGGGGGUGUUGGGCAGGAGGCCCUGGCCCCCCGCUUGUGACCCUGACAUGACCCCGCGGGCUCCCCUUCCCCUGGGAGUCGCCCCUGCUUUAGGACUUCCAAACAAGCCCUCAAUAUUUAUAAUUGCAAUUUGUACAGCGAUUUUUAUGAGAUUCGCAUCUUAGCAGAAUGCAAGCACACAUCAUGACUUUCAGUGGGUGUCAAUUUAAAAACUUUGCAGUUUUUUUUUCUGUGUGUUUUUUGUUCUGUGUGUUUGUUAAUGUUUAAUUAACACGUGCCUUGCUGUUAUUCAGUGUCUGUAAGCCAUUAUUGAUAGUCAUGUGAGGACAUGCUGUCGUUUGUUUGUAAAUAUGUAAUGUAAAUAGCUUUGUAGGGCUCUGUUGUUAUUUGUAAUAUAUUUCAAACUUAUUCCAAACUUCAAAUGCUUUAUCUAUGUUGUACACAAUUGUUGUAAUUUUUUCUAAGAAAUAUAUUUUUUUGACAAUUUCUUUUUACUCAGUCAGUAUGUCUUAUUAAUUACAAACACAACCCAUAUACAUAUAUCCAUAACUAAAGAACUUAAAAAAUAACUAAUGAUAACACACUAAAAUACUUAUUUGUACUUUAAAAUUGGUUUUGUAUUGGCUGGCAGUUUUAUGUAUUAAUUUCUAAACAUUUAGACAUAUCGUCACGCUAAUCUGAAAAUAUUGCUUAUUCCAACGAAUUUAGGGUAAAAAGGAAAUUUAGGAAAAAAGAAAAUUCAAAUUUCUAUUUUGUUUAUUUUAAUGGAUUGAAUUUAUAAAACAACUAAUACAAAAAAAUGUGAUCAAGUCUGUCAGUACUCUCCAGUAAUAUGAAACGUCUGACCUCGAUAACGAGCAAAAUCAUGUGUUCUCAUGUUACAAAUACACUUAUUAUAUGAAAAUUGGAUAUGUGAAUCAAAAUGUAUAAUUCUUAAAAUAUUAACCUGAAUACAUCUUAAAACUUCUUGUUACGAGUAUAAUGUGGGGAAACUGGAUUUCGUAAUGUAUAGCCCAAAUAAUUUUUAUUGCCGUUUUAUUAAUUACCAAUAUAUUCAUUACUAAUAAAUAACUGUACUUAAAAAUAUCUGAUCAAUCACUCACACAUAAAAAUGUUUAUUCGUAAGUAACUCGAUGUCUGACAAGUUCCGCAGUUCGCACUCCUCACCGGAGCUGGGUCGCCCCUCACCUCGCGCCUGUCCACACACACACAGUCUCGCGCCACUCGGCCGCACUCUCGCGAUCCCGUCGCUCCACGUCGCGCCACUCAGUCGCACUCUCGCGAUCCCGUCGCUCCUCGUCGCGCCACUCUCGAGGGGUCUCUCACCCCUUCGCCGAUGUCGCACUUCCCUCCACUCGCGGAACUCCCGCGGAGGCCGGCGUCACUGCUCAUAUACCCGUGGCGUCCUUCUGGAAGGGAUGAGAGCAGCCGUGAUGUGUCGCGUCAUCCCGGGCCGACCUGUCGCCCGGAACACCCAGAAACAGCGACGCUUAUUCACGCCACUCCUCGCAGCAGCCUCUGUAAGCCCGGAAUUCCCGGGCCACUAAAGGUGACAAUAGCCCGUGGUGCAUAGAGGGGGUAGGUAGCGACGUCCUUGUAAUCCGGCCAGGCACGCGUGGCACGCCUUGCGUCAGUGGACGGCACACGUGACACGGCUCGUGACACCAGUGGCCGUGUGAGCACGCCAGCCAGGCGCGUCGCCGUCCUGUCUGCGUUACAGCCCUAAGUAUAUGUUUGUAAUUUUUUUUUUUUGCUUAAACAACUGAAAUAAUUCUGUUGAUACUUUCUACAAUCAAACCUUAACCUGAUUGAGGUGAUUCAACAUUUUAUAUUUAACAGUAAAAUUUUCAUCACGAAAUUCUUUUAUUUUUUAUGGUUUCGAAUUUAAGUAGGCUAACAAUUUGUUGUGUCUCUUCAAUAUGAUGAAUGCUGCGCUAUCUCAAUGUUUCAAUGUCAAUUCUAAUGUAUUUUUUUAAUUUGUCAUUUUUAUGUCUAUAAGUUUUAAUACAAAGUAUUAAAGGAUUCUUGUACUAUUACAAAGUUUUUUUAAUGUCUAUGUGGAGUGUUUAUUUUGCAAUGUUCAUGAAACAUUAUAUAUGGUUUCAUCAUGCAGGUCUGCUAUCUUUUCGAGAUUUCUGAGACUUUCACAGAUGAUAGGUCUGUGGUUACACAUUAUAGUUUAUUUGACUUAUUUUCCAUGUACAAAAUCAUUUCUACCAAAAGCUGAAUCAAGAGUACUAAACACUGGUAUUGGACCUGAAUCUUCAAAAAGAUUUUUUUAAAUAUUGCCCGUUUUUAUAAAAUUCACUAAAUGUUUAUACUAUAAAUAUUUUCUUUGUCUUUUUGAACUUAGGUUCGCGUCAUCCAUUAAAGAUGGCAACACUGCGGUUGUUACACAUUUCCGUUUCUUCUGUUGCAUUCACGGAUUUAUUUCCACUAAAUGCUGUAUGUAUACCGAGAGCUGAGAUGUUACACAUAAAAUAUAUUUUAUAAAUGAAAAUGAAAUUACAGUACAUUAUCUCAGAAAUACUGUUCAUAGCUUUAUCACGUCAUACUUAAAUAUAAAAAUAAUAAAAAAAAUUAAGGGGGGGAAAUAAUGAUAAUUUGAGAAAUGAGUGAGUUUCCCUGGGCAAAGUGAACUUAUCCACCUGCUGCUGCUCAGGGUGCCGCCGCCUCAUGAAUAUCAGUUCUGUCAGUGUGGCACUAUGUGCUGUAUUACCACCUCCUCGUCUCCCUGUGGCAGAAGCUGUUCAGUGUCGCCAUCUGUUACUGCAGCUCUAGCUUUCUGUAGCUGUCUGUAGCUGUCUGUAGCUGUCUGUAGCUGUCUGCGGUGGUCAGGUGCCACUACCGAGUCUUCAUUUGGCACAAGCACCUGGUGAACAUUACAUCUGUCAGUGUGCUUUUAGACUCUGUCAUCACAACUUCAUUUGGUGAGAGGAAGGGAAAAUAGUCUCCGACAAAUUCGAGAUCUCAAAUUGGUAGAGAAAUGGUGGGAGCCAAAUGGUGUUUGUGCCAAUUUUGUUUUCGGAGUGAGUUAGAAUGGAUAUAUAAAGCAGGAACUGUAAUAAUAAAGUUCUUAAGUGUUACAUGCAUAUGACAAAACAUUAUGAGAUUAAUUUUUCAAUACAUGGUUACUUUAUAAAUUAUGAUAUAAACGAUAGUGGCAAAAAAAACUGUACUAAAACAAUUUUAUUUCACCAAGUACUUAAACUGACCACUGUCAACUUCAAAACACAUUUGCAGUCGCUUGUGCAAGGACAUCUGGAAACACUGGCAAGAUCGCUGCAAUUGCUCUGACAAUGCUAUAUUUUAAUCUAAAAUAAAAGUUUAAUGUCUCUAUGCCUCAUCCAGCAACCUAGAAAUAACUGGGUGAGUAUUUGCCUAGCACAAAUACUAAAUAGUGGGCUGGUACCACAUACAUCGAAGUACCUACUGUAAGGGGGCCAGUAACAUGUCGGUAAGAAAGUGUGCAAUGUGUCGCCUGUUAAAUAUCACAACAAAUGUGUACAACCAUCUCACCUAAAUGUUUAAUCUACAUUAGUCAGUGCUGUUUUUGCCAGCCCAUAAUGUUUAUUGUUAAUAUUCACUACAUCUCGAGUGUUGAACUUUCGUAAUCGAUAAAUAUAAAACAUUGUCCUGGCAUAGCAUUAUAACCGAAUGGCAGUAUUCUGCGGUCCUUACAUAAUUCCAGUGGUCAAGUGCUGGUACAGUGACACAGUUGUGAUUGGCCCAUUCGUCUGGCAGAACCAUCCCACCGUUCCUACUCACGUGCCUGUGUGAGGUCGCGAGACUGGCCUGUAAGGUGACAGGGCUUAUCGUCGGGACAGCGCGACUUCGAGGGGACUCGAUAACUUCUAACGACAACAUCAGGAGCAAGAAGGAUAUCGUUAAGACACUAUGGUCGCUCGGGUAUACCCUAUUCUCCUUUGAGAUUCGUGAGUAGGGAUGGCAUCACAGCGACAACGUAACAUGUGAACAACAAUUUAUAUCUUUCAAAAAAUAUAUAAAUGAAAUGCAUUCUUUGUAACUGAAAUUUUAUGAUAUAGUAUGAAAUGGUAUUUGAAUAAUAUUUUGUAUGGUUAGUCUAAAAAGAGAGAAAUUAUAGUAAUAAACUGUGUAGGUCACACACUUCCACAAUGAAAAAUCCAGUUUACAACUGUGGUGGUACUGUGGAAGUGUAUAUUUGUUCUGUAUGAUUGUUGUAACCUACAUGAAGUGAGCGAGGGAACUGUGAUAAUGCGAAAUUAAAUUAAAAGGUAAAGUAAAUCAAUGCAAUAUUGAUAUGUGGGAUGGUUGGUUUAUUAUUGUAACGUUAUUUCAAAAACAAUGUGGAAAAAGUUAAUUGUGUAUAACAAAUUUAUUUAAUUACUUUUUACACUUUAUUUUAAAAAAUUUAGGCAAUAUAUAAAUAUAUAUGAAAUCAAAAAACGAGAUUUACAACUGUUUGUAACAAAUUGUUACUUAUUUUAUGAUGAAUCCUUUGUAAUUCUUUUUUUUGUAAGUUUCUUAAGCACAUCUUUCACAAUGCCUAAUUACUGCUAUAACUUUUGUCAUGCCUAACUGUAUAAAAGUGGGCACAGCAGUUUGUAUAGCACAGGAGAUGAAGGAAAUCGCUACUCCAUCAUCCACGCGAUACCUAAAGUUCUAACAGAAAACAAGCAAACGCAGUUGCGGACGUAAACAUCUUGGCGAUGUUUGAUGUUUUUAUGUAGUUUUGUGAAGGUUCGGGGAUAUGUUGUAUAACAUUUAUUUUGCUUGUUUUUCAGUAUUAAUCAUUUUAAUUAGUUUUUAUUAAAUUUAUCCUUUAAGAUAAUAAAUCAAACCUAUUGUUAUAACAAUAGAUAUAUGUAUUUAAAUAAAAGAAUAAGAAAAAUAUAACAUACUAGAAUACAGAAAAGAAAAUAUGGACGUAAAAUUAUAAAAAUUUCUGCUUUAAUGCAUCUUUGAAAUAUGCAAAUGCAGACAUGUACCUGCUUAGAAGAGAGAAAUCAACAAAGAUGUAAACAUUAAAAUACAUGCUUCCAUGAAACUUUUAAACACACAGAAGCAAAAUGUGCGUUCUUAGAAGAUACAUUCCUAAAAUAUUACUUGUGAGUAAGGACUCUGAAAAAUUACUGGUCCUACUGUAUAAGUUGGUGUGACGACUAGGAUGGAAUUAUUAAUAAAAUACAUUAAUUACAUUAGUUGGAAGAAAAGUUAUAUGCUAAGUAUUAUUAAAUUAAAAAGUAUUACUACAUCCGAGGCUUUAAGAAAAAAUGACGGCCAUGAUAAAGUUCAUGAACAAAAUAGCUAAUAAUUUUAAAUAAUUUGUGGAUUUUGUAAAGCAAAUUGACAUAUUGUUGGUCUAUAAGGUUCAUAAUAAUACUAUUAGGAAAUAGAAACUCAGCCUUACAUGCAUGAGGAAGAACAACAGUGAUGUACUUUAUGAACCAACAUCAGAUACAAAGAUGGCGAAAUCCAUCAGAUUAAAUCAAGAUGAAAACAAGAUGGCUGUCUCUAUCAGACGAAAUUAGUAUGGUGAUGCCCCUGUAACAAAAAAAGCAUCGCGUGGGAAUGGAGUGAUAGAUUCAAAAAUGGUGGAAAGUUCUAGGAAACAAAAUGGCAAUUGUGAUAUUAUAAUUUAAAAUGUCGUAAUGUUCUAGAAAACCAUACGGGGUAAUUCAAGAUUGCUGCUAAGGUUAAAGGGCAAGGACAAUUUGUGCAAGAUGCCCGCCGGAAAUGACGUAAUACAAGAUUGCCGCUGGCUCCCCAACUCCGGGCUGGAGCCUGUGUCAGGACCCAGGGCUACCAACCUACCCACUGCGAGGCGUGCUGUAGCUUGGUCGCAGUGUCUGGCCGGCGUGUGUCGCAUCUCUACAUGCACUUGCACUCUACUAUACGAUACAUGCGCAGACGAACCUAUAUCAUAAUUAUUUCAUGUUAUACUUUUUGGAGUUUAAAUUGAAGCUGCAUUAUAUUAGUUUUUUUUAUAAUCUACAAUAUUUACCGUAGAAUAUUUUAAGUUGUUUCCUUUAUUAGUGUUAAUAAAAAAUAUUUAAUUUAUUUAAGAACUUUUUCAAUGAUUUUAUAUAUUUGUGUUUCUUUUCAAUACGGUUGUGUGGUUUUAAUUAUUUUAUUUUCCCACAUGUCUACUGGCUGAAAUCAAACAAAAAGUUUUUUUUUAAUGAUGACAAGUCAAGGAUAGCAAGUAAAUAAGUAGUAAUUUGUAGUAUACUUAAGUAUUAUUUUUUUUCAAUUUUUAUUUAAAUUUUUCAAUUUUAUAAGAAUAUAAGUAAAUUUCUCCUAAAAUAAAUAAAUUUUAAGUCUUUAUCUUCCAUUAUUCUAUUUAUGUGUAGCAAUGUACUGAUUUUGCUGUUGUUUUGUAUUAUUAAAACAACUAUAUAUGUUGUUUUGAUGAUAAAAUUUCUUUUUUUACAAUUCUCAGAACAAUGCAUGAGAUCGGACAGCUGGCAAGGUGUAAGUAUUAUUUACCAAGCCACUGACUUGCAUGCACUGCGAAUCAACAUUGGGCAUUGACAAUGUGUUAGUGGUUUGGCAUGGGCUUGAUAAACUAAACUAUAAAUUUAAGAAUUAUAAAAAUAAAAAGUAUUGCAUGCUCCAUUGCAAUUAAUUACACCAGACCUAACAUUUACAAGCUAUGUACAUAUGCCUGCUUGCAUCUGUAUUGUAUAUUUCCUGUAAAAUACUGUCUGUGUUCACUUUUAAUCACAAAGGAUGUGAAUUGCACUCAUUUUACUCAGUAAAAUAGUUUACUCACUUCAGUAACAUCAACAUAACAUUAUGUGGAUCCAACAAUAGGUAAGUACUAGUAUUUGGCUAGAUAUUGUACAGUUUGUAAUAUUUGGUGCUUUGAAAAAUUUAAUGUUAUUUACAAAUAAAAAAAUUCUUACUCAUUUUUUGAUAUCUUAAUUAAAUUACACCUACCCAGGUUUUUUUCUUCAAAAUCAUACUUUAUUUAAUGUGUGCAGUAUGUUGUGACAGAUAUAACAAAACUUGACUGUAAAGUAAAAAACUAAAAAAUAACAUGUCCUAAAUUAAGAGCGUAAUUCUCUCCAACAGUGGACACUAUCAUGGGCUGUAUCCGAAUACUGGCCUAAUGGAUCCCUUAGCUAAGGGAUCCACUAAAAGUGCAUCGUAGUGGACGCGGCCAUCUUUGUGUUGAAUCCGAAUUCUCACAAGGGAUGCCGAUGCAUCCCUUCACGCAUCCACUAAUUCGAGAUUUCUAGGGAUGCGACACUCGCAUCCACUAACGCGUCCCUACAUCCAUUAGCUUCGGAAUCGGGUUUUAUUUUGUUUGUGUAUAAUAUUACUUCAGAUUUUCAGCAUAAUAUUUGUUUAAAACAUUAUAAGCGAAAGUGAUAACUUAAACAGAGACAAAUGAAGACGUUAAUAAAUAUAAUAAAAAUACGAAUUUAAACUUAAAGGAUAAUUCAAAACUCAUAAGUAUUUUUAAAGUUUACAAUUUAUAAAAUGUAUUUUAUUUGGAUCGCUAACAUCUAUAUAAUACACGUUACAUUAUUUUUUAAUUGGUAGGUAUUUAUUAUUUACGUUUUGCUGAAUAUUCGUAGAUAUUCCUACACAAAAUGGCUGCGUGAACAUUAGUACGACUGACAGUCAACAGGUGGUGCUAGUAGUAAAAGUAUUCGGAUACAAUCCAUCCAUUAGAAAUGCGUCCUCUACAUUGUGGCUGCAUUUGUUAAGGGAUGUAGGGAUGUGUGUGCUAAGGACGCAUCCCUAUGUAUUCGGAUACAGCCAAGGUGUGCUUAAAGCACUCUUCCGUCAAAUAAUAUGUUUAAGAUUGCACAUGAAACUGUACAAGCAUUUACAUAAGAACUAGUAACACCAGAUGUAACCAGAAAAAAUCUAAACCUAUAGAUUGCAUCUUUAUGUUUUUAACAUUUGAAAUAGUUGGCGAUCAUCAUUAUAGAUGUUACAAAAAAUAUGUUCACGCAAUAAUAAAUGUUUAAAACACUUGUCAGCAAGUACAAUAUAGGUUAUAUUUAAGAGCUUUAAUAACACUAUGUUGAAAAUAUAAUUCAUAAUUUGAGUUCUAAAUUAAUUUUAAUCAAGGGAAAUUUAUAUCUAGAUUUUGUUGAACAGUUUCAGGAAUAUUCACGUACAAAAAAAAAUUUUCUUCAGUGUUGGAAGCAGCUUGGAUGAUUUGGUGAAUGUAGCAGACAGUGUCCUGUGCAUCAUUCGGAAACGGCGUGAUCGUACAUGUGAUGGAUGGUUAGCGACACGGCGUAUCGGCAGGCGUGUAGUGGACUUUGCAGCACCCGUAUGUAAUCCGAACAUACCGAUGACUCGUGGCUAUCAGUUAGCUGACUCGGACUGGAGCCCCCAGGCACACGGAGACCCGUGCUCUAGGCCAGUGCCGCAGAGUGUCGCAUCUCGCCACAUCCGAGCAUAGGAGCCAACCGAGUCAUCCCACCCCACUUCCCAGGAGGUUAGACAACGUGCUUCCACCGCUCGAGAGUUGAGGGUCUGCACCCUCCAUGUUGCACACAGCUGCAUUGGGGCAGGACAUAAUAUUCUCACCGAGCACCAUUUCAAUUGGUAUGAAUUUUGCAUCUUAAAAAUUGCGCCUCGUAGAAGAUGACUGCAUGACAUGGGACACAGAUUACUAACACGUGGUGUGUGAAAGGAUUUUGACGUCUUUAUCGAUUUAUGUGGAAUACUGCGGAAGUGUAUCGUUCCGGUGGUCGGACAAAAUUAUUAUUUUGUUUCAAGAUUCAGUUUUUCCCAUUUUUCCUCAAAUGUAUCCAAAAAAAGCUUAAAUUUUCUCAGUUUCUAGAAAAAAUUUCUAAAUUUUAUGAAUCAAUUUUCCUUUUUUCAUCAAAAAUUCUGUGGGGGCCAAUUUACUUCAGAGAGGAGUCAUUUCCCUCUAAGAGGGGCUUAUUAUCUUAAAAUUUCCUAUUUGAGGUUAUGACGGUGAACUGCAACCACUAUAAUGAUAGUCUUAAAAAUUUAGCCUAACAAUUCCAGCCAUCUUAGCGUGAGCCCUACCGGCCUGGGGCCCCGACGGGCGUGGAUACGGAUACGCCGUAUAAGCGAGACAGGAGAGGUGUUGGUGAUCCAGCUAUUCCCAGAGGCCGAGGCUACCCAUCCCAGCAUAGACACCACCUUCAUCCCCCACCACUCACUCUUCGGGUUUGGAUGCUAUUGAAGAGUUAGAAUAACAACUAGUACCUUGAAAGUCUCACCGGCGAGGUCACUAUUUUUACUCGCCCGGCAAGUGAAGAGGGAGCGAGUAGAACGAGAAGAAGGGCAUAUGUAAUGGAGCACGCAGCAAUGAUGCUGGUCUAACGGAGGCUGGUAUGUGACAGUUACCCAUGUCAUCAAUCAGCGACAAGUGCCACGUGUGUUAGUCCCGAGGAUUGACUUGUAAUGUUCGUGACGACGGGAGUAGCGAAGCGACACUGGCCAACGAGACGUGGAAGGUGGAGUGUGGCCUCUCUUGCGUCCGUGAGCUGGAGUCGGUACAGGAGCUGUCGUGUGGCAGUUCCUCGCCGCGGUGAGUCUGGAGCUGUCGAGGGUUGAAGAGCUCCGCUCGAGCGACGAGUCGACAGGAGCCGGUGAUCUGCCGCGGGCCUGGGACCGGAUGCCACUGUACACACUUUCAGGCGAGUGACCACCUGCACUGAGUGAUGAAAGUCCACUGUUCAUUCAAGUCUCCGAGGUUGCAGAAAACACUGGCGAAACUUCGACCGACUCGAAAUUUGUGGUUGUGCUGAGAUAGAGACCGAUCACUGCCUGUGGCAAGAUGUAGUCGCUUUCUCUUUUAAUCUUGUUGUCAAUUUAGCAAUGUCACUUCACACGAGUAUUUCAUUUCGGUCCCACGGGUCAGGCGUCAGCCGUGCUAUCUUGAUCUUAUAUUCUGUGCUACCCACCAAAUGGUAAGUGAUGUGCCUUGUUUUUUAUUUUAGCCUACCUUGCAUCUUUUGGCUUAUUUCUCUUUUUUUCCCCAACUGGUCUCACUAUAUUUGGUGUGUCUACUUGCAUAGUGUGGGUCCAACUGUAACCCCCUCCCCCCCCCCCCCCUGCUGCAGGAGCUCUCACGGCCACUCAUCCUGGUGUCGCCUGCCGGCUCGGUCUGCCUUCACUACAGUUUUCCAUCAUACAUUUCACAGCUUUAUAAGAAAAACUAGGGAAACUAAGCAAUAGGACAUUCUAGCACCUAUGAGCAUCUAUGAAUUUGGUUGUUCAUAUUAUAAAAAUAAAUACUUAAUAUCAUUUUGGCCAGCCGACAGCUUAAUUAAAUAUUAUGGUACCAGCUUUCUGUAAAUUUCACUUCUUAACUCGUGUAUGUAAUGUUAAGUGUACUUUUAUGGUCAGCUCAUGGCUAGCUUACUGUUCAAGUUUAUCGGAACUCACCUAAUGUUCUUUCCGUAAAACUGCUGCAAGAGAAAGGAUUAAGAAUAAUAAUAAUCAAUAAUAUAAUAAACCAAUGAUCAAAUCUAAACAUUUGGUUGUUGUCACUUACACAAUUACCUCUCCCAGUGGGUAACCUUCUUAAAAAACUUUUAUUUCUGAACUUUAUUUUCUAUUAAAAUAUCAUAAUAGACCUAGCUAGUUAGUCUGAAAAACAUGGUAACUUUGCAAUAAUGCUUUUAGGAGCUAAGCAAACUUUAUUCAUCACUCCACUCUGACUCUGGGUUUUCUGCACAAUACUGUAAUUCUUUUACACAGGCUAGCACAUGUUUCCAGGCCUUGUUUGUUAUCAACGAUAAGUUAGGAUGAAAUACACCAGAGCUGAGGUCUCAGUGAGGAGCCUCAAGGGACAGCCGCUGAUAACAGGCUGUCCCCUUUACGCCAGAGCCAGAGCAUUAAGUAGUUGUGUUUGUGUCGAUGUCGUUAAACAUGCUGCCCGGCUUGCAUAUUUUAAAUGCAAACUUUAUAUUUUAAGUGAUAAAAUGUAUGUAAAUUAUAAACACAUUUUAAUAACAUGUUAUGUUUUAUGAGAAGAUAUUUCCUCACAAAUAAAUGUGCGACCACAUUAAUUUUAUUGUUUGUUAUACGUAUGGUUUUUUCAAUAGGUACUCAUGUUUAUGUGCCUCAAGUUACAACUUCAGCAGUUGUAGUUUAGUCAUUAGUUACAUGUUUUCUUCUAAAUGCAUUCAUUAGCAUGUACAUCACUUAACAAUCUUGUUUUAGGCAGCGGUUUCAAACUGAGUGUUGUCAGUGUUGCACGCGGCCAGGCAUCGAAGUAUUGUGUUCUAAAUUUUAUGCUAGUUUUUCUCAAAAAUAUUGGAGUAAAGGGUAGUGCAAGGCAACAAUGGCUUUAGUGAAAAAGUUUUGCUUCAAGCGCUACUCUACAAUUAGUAGUGUCUCGUCAAAAUAUUUAAUAAAACUUAGCGCACCAAAAUGUGGCAACGGUUUAUGGCUUAUGGAAAUUACUAGUGGCUCGAUAUCUAGCCCACACUAAUAGGUGAAUACAAAUCCAUGGUGCUCUAUACCAUGAAAAUGAAGUCCAAAGACAUAAAGGAUGAUCACCUCCUUCGAACAGUGUUUUCCAACACGAAGAAGAAAGAUCCAUGAAAGUGUAAAGCUAACUCGGUGGCAUUGUGUGUAUCUCCAAGCAGACAGGCGUCUUCGAGAAAUACUUUACUGCAAAUCGGAGUCCUGAACUUUCCGUGUGACACAUGUACAUGAAUCUGAGCCAAGGACCUACUGUCUUGAAGAUUUGGACCACAAGCAUUUUCGUGGUUGCUUCUAUGCCAAAGAGAUUCAGACUACGAUGUAUCCCGAUAAGUACUUGGUGGAAAAGUUUUUCAAAGGAAGUGAUGAAUGUUCCUGUGUCAAGUGGUGGGGCUUCCCACCUCGCUUUGAUUCUUGGGUAACAGAUGCAGAAAUAGAAAAUGAUAAUAAUUUUCUUAUAAAUCUUUUAUUUGUAAUUUUGUUUCUUUAUUUCUUGAACUGGUCACUUUGAGGUAAUUUUAUUAAGUUAGUAUAUUUUACCCGAAAUUAUCUUUUCUGCAUCAGUCAAGGAUCGAACGAAGGGCAGGAAUGGACCGAUUCAAUCAUUAUUUUAAUAAGCAUUUUUUGAUGAUUUUUUAAUUUAUUCAGAAUUUCUAACUAAAUAAUUCAGAAUUUCAAUUUGUUGGUCCAGAUUGCCAACAAGAUGGCAGACACCUUGGUAAUAAUUACUAUUGUGCUCUAGCAGGUAAAAAUUAAGCUAUUAUGUUGGUGGUGCACUCUAGCAGAUGAUGUGUGUACUAUGUGAUACUAGUGCUCCGUUUAUAUAUUACUGAAAACAAUAUGGCAGCAGCACCCUUUAGCAGACGAUGUGUGUUAACUAGUGUUCCUGGUAGCAAACAUUCAAAAUAAAGAUGGUGGCUACACCUGCUAGCAGGUGAUACUAUUAUUCCCUAAAAUUAAAAAAAAAAUCCAGCCUGAAUAUGGGUUAUUUUUUUCAUAUAUAUUAUUUAAUUCUCAGUCUGGUAAAUGUCUAGAUGGCCGUAUGUUUACCACCCCAUUGGCCCAGGCUGUCAUGGUUCGAAUCACUGUGCUUUCAGUGUAUUUUGUUUAAAAAAAUUUAAUUUAAUAUGUCGAUAAGGACCACAACAACAUUGGAAGGUAAUGGAACAUCAACCUUAUGGGCAUGAGACAGAGUUAUGCGAACUUGGCAACAUCCAGCAGAACAGAAAAAAUCCAAGAUGUCGGUCGUAACAUCAUCUAAGAUUGUGCCCUGCAUACGAAAACAAGAUGGCGACUGUGUCGCCAGAAUAGAAGAAGUGACUUGUCGGAUCGAAGUCUGUGGACAUGACAUCACAAUUCAAAAUGAUGGAAUGUUCUACCAUAACGAAAAGUGCAACAUUUGUGGUGUGGGGUGUGCAAUGCUAGAGAGCUGAGAACAAGAUAGUGUCUGAGGUCAAAGGUCAAGGUCUAAUGUAAAGUUCAAAAUCUAGGUCAUUGUGUGAUGUCAGAUCCAAUAUGGCGGCCAUUAUAUCACAAUCCAAGAUUGCAACCAUAACAAAGUGUGCAAUAGUGACAUCAUUCAAGAUGGCUGCCAUGACGUCAGAUGAUGUGAGGCCACAUGGCUUCGGACCUAGGACCCAGUUCAAACACUCAAGAUAAAGUCUUGCGGGCGGGGAAGAGAAGGGGAUAUAAGGCCCUAGGUUUUGGGGAAGGUUCGUGGUCCAAUUAAGUUAGUGUGUGUUUCUCAUUCAGUAAGUCUACAAAUUAAUGUGCUCUUCCAUCUGGCAUGACCUUCGUCAGGUAAAAAUCUAGUGUAUUAGUCUAUAAAAUUAAAAAAAUUAAAAUGCAGUUAUUAAAUGAUUUUUUUUCACAUCAAUAUGCCCAGUUAUAUACAUAUGAGAUGAGAGUCUCCUAAUACACAGUUACAUCUAAUCAGCAUUACACAUAUUAUAAUACCAUACAUUGUCAGCAUUAGGCCCUUUUUUUGAUCAUACCCGGUGUUCUCUACAACAUGACAGGGAAAAGUUAAAUCUUAUCAACUAAGUGUCUGAACGAUAAGACCUACCGUUCACUCUUACUCAGUAUGUAUUAAAUCUUUUAUUAGCCUUUUAUCACCCUUGCAGAUUGCCUUACAGAAGAACUUAGGAUUUUAAAUGGGUAGCACUUUACUCACCCGCCAUAAGCAGUCGCCUGGCUUUAGCCAUGCUGGUUGUGCCCGAAAGUACUUGAAGGUAGAGUGAGGGUGGCAUACUUUACUCAUCUACAAUAAGCUAUCGUCACUCUUUAGCUUGGCUUGCAGUGUUGUGGCUGCAUUGGAUGAGGGUUGAAUCCGGGUGGCACAAUUUUCACAUCAUAAUAAGCAGUCGUCAUCUUUUUGUGUAUGUAAGGCUGUCUCCAAUGUGACAAAGGUGUUGAGUAUGUUUGACACACUCAACUCACCCAGAAAAGGAGUGGUCUCCUUUAGGCUGGCUUGGCAGCGACAGAAAGGAUACGAAUUGAGCACAGUUUACCUUCAACUAGCAACCGGCACCAUCAGGCUGGCUGGGAUUUGAGUAAAGUGACUUAAAGUUUGAGUAUUUUUGGCACAUUUUGAUUAUUCACAACAUUCAGUCAUCACCCAUAAGGUGUGCUGGGCUCUGUAUUGUAGUAUUUGUGGCACUGUUUGCUUACCCACAUCUAUUAUAGGAUUACUUGGCUGUGGUUCAGUACGAGGGCACAUUGUACUCACCCACAACUGGAAGUUGUCUACCUUAGGGCCUGCUGGGUUGUGGCCUAAGUGAUCCUGGAAUUGAAUAUGGGUGGUACACUUUGCGUACCUAUAACAAGCAACUGUCGCCCUCUGGUUGUCCAGGCCUUGGGAUCUAGUUCGUACUUUGCUCACCCAGAACAAGCAUUAGUCUUCCUUAAGGCAUGUUUGGCUGUGGCCAAGGUGACUUAGAGAUUGUGUAUGGGUGCAUAUUUAGCCCACCUUUAUUAGGCAUUGUCUCCUUUCAGGCCUGCUAGGCAGUGGCCGAAUAAGGAUGGCAAACUUUGUUCAUCUCCCUUCAGACUUGUCGGGCUGUUGACGAUGUGAUAAGAGGUUGAAUAUUGGAGAUGUGCUUUUCUCACCCACAACAAGUAGUCGUCUCUCUUUAGUCAUCCUGGACUGUGCACUAUGUGACAAAGUGAUUAAGUGAAGAUUCUUUUUUAUGUCGGUAAUAAAGCUCUGUAAAAAUAUUUACUAAAAUUAUUUUUUAUUUUCUCUGCGAUAUUUACCUUGUUUUUAUUUAUACACAAAUUUAUUUGUAUGAAUAAAACAUUAAGUGUUGAUAAAGUUUGUGGUUUUGUAAGUACCUAUUAUUUAGCAGUAAGUACCAUCAAUGUAAAUUUGGCCUAUGUCAUUGACACUGACUUAAUGUCAGUCACAGUUAACUCAUCAUUUUCUGUUAACAAUUGUGCAUCUCAUCCUAUAUUACAAUACUGAUGCGAUUACAAGAAGCUGCGAGAGUGACACUAGAUGCCUUAGUUGUCUGCAGUAUCAUGUGUGGUUGGCACUGCCUCACUUCAGUGUCCUGGCUAGAGCAGUUGGUAGUUUGACAUGUGACACACUCAUCUAGUUGACAUCAUAUCCUUGGUCGUGAAUAUUGAUGAAGCUGCUAUAAAUAUUUUGGACUCUCGGACCAUAAUAAUUUAAUUCAUAUUCAACCAAAAUAGGCUUACAAAUGGAAAAUCUUAGUAGAACAAAUUAAUUUUUAUAUUAAUAGUACAUUUAUCAUACAUAUAUUUUUUUACAAAUCUUUGUAAGUUUUGUAUUAUUAUCAUUUUAUUACUUGUUAGAGUUCUGUUACUUAUUUUAAGCGGGAAUAGAUUUCAAUAUAUUAUUAAAUUUCGCAAAUGGAAAUGCAUGAGAGCAUUUUAUACACAGACCUACCUUUUUAUUGUUUUUAGCAUUUGGCUGUGCAUGUAAAAUUUGGUUUUGGCAAUAUUGGAAUCAGUUUUUGUUGUUUUCUGAUAGUGUUUAGCACUAAAUUAGAUAAUGCAGUAGUAAAUAAAAAAUGACGAUUAGCCAGGGUUUGGGGAGGGGGUGGCAGGCUCAGAAUGGGCCUAAGCUAGAACCACCGUCCUGCCCUGGCAUCACGGAUAGUUUGUGCAAUUGCUAUUAGAGUGCAAAAGACUAAUUUAGUUAUUCAUAAAAAAUAAAAAUAAAUAUAAAAAUCCUGGCCAUCAUCUGGCAUCAUCAGCAUCCACCUUCGACCUGGAAUCUCGUCUGCCAUCGAUACACACAGGAGCUCAGCAUCACAAACUGCCUUCUUGAACGACUAGGGAGCAGCGACAGGUUGUACCCUCCACAUCCUCACACGAUGAAAAAAAAGGCAAAUUCGGCCACACUUGCCACACGUGGCAGAAGUGCAAACAAGGUGCUAAAAGAGAAUGGCCAUUUUUUGCAUGUUACAAAAAUACUCUCUAUCCAAUUAAAUUGCCCCAAGUGCCAAACAGGAAGCUGAAAAUGAAACCAAUUCUCCAUAAGAAUACAAGGGGAAAGGGAAAUAUUUACAUGCAAUAAAUCAAGGGUAAACAUAUAUAAACUAGCACUGAAAACCAACUUAUAAUCAGUAAAGAUAAUAAGAAAGUUAACAGCAAAAGAAUUAGGAAGAGAAGUCCUUACCAUAUCAUUCACACAAAACAGGUACCAAACAAAAACAUAUAUGUAUAUAUAUACACACAUACAGAUGUAGUGAUAUGUCAUCUUUUUUUUUUUUUUUUUUUAAAGAAUUACUUGUUAUAAUUUGGUUUCAGCGCUAGUUUUUAUAUAGAUGUUCCCCCUUAAUUUAUUGCAUGUAAAUAUUUCCCUUUCCCCUUGUGUUCCUUAGGGGGAUUGUUUUCAUUUUAGUCUUCGUGCAUUGUUUUGUACUUCGGACAAUGUAAUUGGGUGGAUUGUUUUUGUUUAACAUACAACAGAAUGGUAUCUUCUGGCUCCGUGCUUGCCCGGUGCUAAGUGCGGGUAAACUCGUGAAGGGGAAGUGGUGUGUGCUGCAACCAUGGUCGCGUGCUGGCGCGCUCCUGUGUGGAUCGCAGCAGACGAUAUUCCAGGUUGACGUGCAAGGUGUUAGGGACAAUAACAAAACUAUUAUGAAUAAUGUCGUGAAACCUGAUUACUGUUCCACUUAGUAGCUGCGACACCAUCUAUUCGUGACAUCAGGGACUGAAGGUGGUUCCGGGCCCCACCCCUUAUUUCCCCUCCCUCGUCCUGCCCAAUCCUCAGACUGAUUCUUUUAUCCUCUGCCUGGGCUUCAACUGGCUUUUUAUAUUUAUUGCCCACUCUUCUUUUUUUAUUAUAAUUUGGCCAUGGUUACUGCAAUUUUAACACAGCCUUUCUAGUGGGUAUAUUUUAGGCUUAUCUGUAACACUUUUUUCGGUACUUAAUUGCGCAUAUCUAUUUUAGUGAUUUUAUUGUUUAAUACUAAUGUUUGCAAAAUAAAUAUUACGUUUUUAAUUUGUUGGUCCUGGUAGUAAUUUUUAAUCAUUUUUUGUGGACAAAUCAAGUUUAGCACAUUUAUCCAUGUCUGUAAAAGUAUUGAACACACAAUGGGUUUCUGGAUGAUAAAAAUGCGGUUGGCACGCACACAAACCUCAAAGAUGUGGCUGUGUGAGCAGGGAGCAGGGCUCUGCGGAGACGGCGGCAAGGCUGCUUGUUGUGUCGUCUGCAUGUGGUCGCUGUGUGCAGUGCCGUGUCCACGGACUACCACGCCGU